GGGAGGGGGGCGGGAGGAAGGGGGGGACAGAGCAGCAGGCAGUGUAGAAAAAGGAGGAGGAAGCGAGGAUGGCCGAGUCACACCUCUGAAGCAAGCCCGAAGGAUGAGAGCCUUCAUAACCUUCCUCAUCUGAACGGGACUCCACCCAGAGACGGGGCUGCGGUCUCCCGAACAGUAUGCGGCUGCGAGCCGUCACACCUCUCCCUCUGCUUCAAAGGCUUUUCCGUCCUAUGGAGUUUUAAAGCCUGUGGAUCCCGGGGCUUCUGCCGUCACGCGCGCGGGAGUGUGUGUGCGCGUGCCGGUAUGUGUGCAUACGCGCACGCCUGACUGCGCGUCCCCUUUUGCCUGCCCCCGCACCUCUCUUCUUGUUUUGUUUUUUUUUUGUUUUUUUUUACCGUAAAGCGAACAGCAGAGACUCGGGGUCCAUGAGCGAGCUGGUCCAGGCGCCGUCGACAUGAGUAGUACUUUAGGCAAAGACAAGGACUCGAAAGAGAAAGACCCCAGGGUCCCCACCGGGAAAGAAAGGGAAAAGGAGGUCAAACCGUUAGGCGGCUUCGGCAAGGAUGGCAAGGACAGCAAGACCAAAGGGAAAGACGCCAAAGAAGGACGUAAGGAAACGAGCGGGGCUCCGCCCGCCGUCGCCUUCUCCGUGGACAACACGAUAAAGCGGCCGAACCCGGCGCCGGGCAUGCGCAAGAAGUCCAGUAACGCCGAAGUUGUGAAGGAGCUGAACAAGUGCAGGGAGGAGAACUCCAUGCGACUGGACCUGUCUAAGCGCUCCAUCCACGCCCUGCCCACCUCCAUCAAGGAGCUGACGCAGCUGGCCGAGCUCUACCUGUACAGCAACAAGUUACAGAGUCUGCCGGCCGAGGUGGGCUGCCUGUCGGGGCUGGUGACGCUGGCGCUGAGCGAGAACUCGCUGACCAGCCUGCCGGAUUCGCUAGACGGCCUGCGCAAACUGCGCAUGCUGGACCUGCGGCACAACAAGCUGCGCGAGAUCCCGCCAGUGGUCUACAGGCUGAGCUCGCUCACCACACUGUACCUGCGCUUCAACCGCAUCACCAGCGUGGAGAAGGACAUCAGGAACCUGUCCAAGCUGACCAUGCUGAGCAUCCGGGAAAACAAAAUCAAGCAGCUGCCUGCCGAGAUAGGGGAGCUGUGUAAUCUCAUCACCCUGGACGUAGCCCACAAUCAGCUCGAACAUCUCCCGAAAGAAAUCGGCAACUGCACGCAGAUCACCAACCUCGACUUACAGCACAAUGAGCUUCUGGACCUUCCCGAAACUAUAGGUAACCUGGCCAGCAUAAACCGCCUUGGCCUGCGCUACAACAGGCUAUCGGCAAUCCCUCGAUCGCUGGCCAAGUGCCGGGAGCUGGAAGAGCUGAACCUGGAGAACAACAACAUCUCUAUGCUGCCUGAGGGCCUCCUGUCAAGCCUGGUCAACUUGACCAGUUUAACUCUGGCGCGGAACUGCUUUCAGUCCUACCCAGUUGGGGGCCCCUCCCAGUUCUCCACCAUCUACUCGCUCAACAUGGAGCACAACCGCAUCAACAAGAUUCCCUUCGGGAUCUUCUCCCGGGCCAAAGUGCUGAGCAAACUCAACAUGAAGGACAACCAGCUAACAUCUCUCCCACUUGACUUCGGGACCUGGACCAGCAUGGUAGAACUCAAUCUCGCCACAAACCAGUUGACAAAGAUCCCCGAGGAUAUCUGUGGCUUAGUGUCCCUUGAGGUCCUGAUUUUGUCAAAUAAUCUUCUUAAGAAGCUGCCCCAUGGCAUCGGUAACCUACGAAAACUGCGGGAGCUGGACUUGGAAGAGAACAAGUUAGAAACCCUCCCCAACGAAAUUGCCUACCUUAAAGAUUUACAGAAACUCGUCCUGACAAAUAAUCAGCUGAACACCUUGCCGAGGGGAAUUGGCCACCUCACCAACUUAACUCACCUUGGCCUGGGUGAAAACCUCCUGCAACAUCUUCCUGAGGAGAUUGGUACACUGGAGAACCUAGAGGAGCUGUAUCUGAAUGACAACCCCAACCUCCACAGCCUGCCCUUUGAGUUGGCCCUGUGCAGCAAGCUGUCGAUCAUGAGCAUCGAGAACUGUCCCCUGAGCCACCUGCCGCCGCAGAUAGUCGCUGGGGGCCCCUCCUUCAUCAUCCAGUUCCUGAAGAUGCAAGGGCCGUACCGUGCCAUGGUCUGAACGUCCAAUCCUGUGUCAUACACUGUAAAGAAAGAAAAAAAAAAACAAAACCACACAGAAAAAAAAACGAUAAAGAAAACUAAUGAAAUGCAUUAUUGUUGUUAAAAGUAUCUAUCAGAGAUAAAAAAAAAGGCAAUUUUAUUAAGACUGCAUUAUAUGUUUCUGCUCAUAGAGGAAUCAUAGCCAUUUAGACCCCAGACCCCUCCAAUCAUGUGAAAAGAAAAUUUGUCUAAAUCUCCUUUGCCAAAAUUGAUAGGUGUAUAUUAAAUAACCACGCGCUGACCUGGCAGUCUUUUAAUAUAUAAUCGGCAUUGCCAACAGUUACCGUAAUUAAAGAUGGUUUUUAGAACAAGAAUACAGUCAUAUGCAAAAAAAAAUAAUAAAGUUAAAACCGUCAUUCUGCUGCUGCUGCUGCCUCCAUAACCUUUGGGUUGUUUUUUUUAUCCCCUUCCUGAUGUUUGUGUGUUAAUUUUACAUUUUUUAAAACGUUUCUGAGUUACUUUGCCUCUCAUUGACUAGGGAUUACUCUCUGUUAUACUGUGCAUUGGAUCGAGUCUCAGCUCUUGGCAUUAGAGGCUUUUAACGACGUGAUUUCAGUGCCUCGCCCAGGAGAGAGAACCUACUGGUUGUUGACCAGUGAACGGUUCAGACGUUUAUUAAAAGGUCUGUUAUUUC